CCUCACAUUCAGUUCAACUCAAACUUUCUCCCUUUCUCCCCCCAAACUCAAAAACAAACCUAACAUGCUUAUCACUCACCAUACUUUGGCAUUUGCAUUUGGCAUGCUGGGUAAUGUCAUUUCGUUCUUGGUAUUCUUGGCUCCAGUGCCAACAUUUUACCGGAUAUACAAGAAGAAAUCAACGGAAAGUUUUCAGUCAUUGCCUUACUUAGUAGCAUUAUUCAGCUCAAUGCUUUGGUUGUACUAUGCAUGGCUGAAAAAAAAUGCUGUUCUCCUCAUUACCAUUAACUCAUUCGGAUGUGUCAUAGAGAUCAUCUACAUCGUCUUGUACAUCACCUAUGCAACCAGGGAUGCUAGGAACUUGACCAUCAAGCUGUUUUCGGCGAUGAACAUGGGCUCCUUUGCUUUGAUAUUGAUAGUCACAAACUUUGUCGUGCAUGGUCCCCUUCGUGUGCAAGUUCUGGGAUGGAUUUGUGUUUCCAUUUCCGUCAGUGUUUUUGCAGCACCACUCAGCAUUGUGGCGCAAGUUGUUCGCACGAAGAGUGUAGAGUUUAUGCCUUUCAAUUUGUCAUUUACCCUUACAUUGAGCGCCAUAAUGUGGUUUGGUUAUGGUCUCUUUCUCAAGGACAUAUGCAUAGCUCUCCCGAAUGUGCUUGGUUUUGUGCUGGGGUUGCUUCAGAUGGUGCUGUACGGAAUUUACAAAAAAGGAAAUAAAAAGAGUAAUAAAAUGGAAAAGAAUAUUCCACAAGAGCCACUGAAGAACAUUGUUGUAGCGAGCCCGAUGGGAACUGGAGAAGUGUUUCCCGUGGAGGAAGAUGAAGAAGAAAAAAAGAACCAAGUUGAAAGAGAGGAGAAAAAGAAACAAGAGUGCGAGGUCUGAAUGAUUCAUUACGUACGAGGAUCAUGUCUUCACUAUCUACGUACUUGUGUUCCAUUAAGUUGUAGUUAUCUGCAUGUAAUAGGGAUUUCAAACUUACGGCCACGUUAGUUAUUGCUUAGGUAAUAUUAACUCACUGAUGCGUGUUUGAGAGAGCCCUUACACUUUAGGCUUGGUUUGUAAAAAUUUCGUCCCCCAAGUUUGGUUUAUUUCUUUGAAAGUGUCUUAUGGACAACUUGAGCUAUA